AUUCGUGUAGUUUCCAACCGUUUGGGAAGAAGAAAACGGGGAAAGUAGGAACACAACUUUUUCCAGGGCACUGUUCCCUUGUAUGGGUGCUCUCAGUGAAAAUUACAUCAUUACUAGACCCUAAAACAAACCCGAGUACCUUCACCCGCUUAGCAUCUGGGAGUGCCCGCUAGCCGCUCGAUCAACUGCGUUGUCUCUUUGCCCUGUCACCUCUGUAGCCACGAUCAAUCGAAAAUUAUUUGGAAGUUUUGAUGCUAUCAAAGGGUAUUCCCAAGCAAAAGUAUAUCCUUACACCAUUCUGGAGGCACACAUUGACAUCCCAAGCUGAUUGGAUACAUUUGUGGAACAGAGGAUCGGUAAAGAUGAGUUUGAAUGCCUUCAAAGCUUUCAAAGCUAAUGUCCCCAUAACAUGGAGCCCCCACUUAUACAUAACACUUGUAAGGGGCAUACCUGGAACCAGGAGGCUCCAUAGGAGAACAUUGGAAGCCCUGCGCCUAACCAAAUGUAAUCGUACUGUCAUGAAGUGGAACACCCCAACUGUGAGAGGUAUGCUUCAGCAGGUCAAGAGGUUGGUUGUUGUUGAGACUGAAGAGAUGUAUAAUGCAAGAAAGCAAAAGGCAGCAGAACAACAAGCUUUCCGGCCACCUAUUGUUGUGAAUCAUCAACAACAAGCUUGACCAUUCUUGGUUUAGUGUCUUCACUCACCUUUUGGAGACAGGGUUGGUAAAAUUGUUAUUAUUAUUUUAUAUUUAUUCAUGUGCCUCUAGAUUUGGCCUUUUUGUUCUCUUGGUGUUUAUCACUGGCUUGCAUCAUAGGACAUUGUUAAUUUAUUGUUCCCUUGUGAAUUGUUCCGAGUAUAGGAGGAGUCUUAGGCCUCUGGCGAAUCAAAGUACAUGGUCAGCUUGAUAGGAAUUUUGGUUAGAGUUUGUGCAUGAGAAGUCCUAUCAAACAAGUGGCCAGAGGUUUUGCUGUUAUAUAAAUGGGUUGGUUUGUUAAAGUGGUUCUCAAUUUCUGAAGCCUGGGCUUUCUAGUUGAUGAUAUUUGUUUCUUUCCUGAGAGAGAAUCAUGGGAGGAGUGAGGCCAUAGUAGAGCGGCUUAUUAUACCUAAUAUGGAGAAGGUUGUGUUAGAUUUUGCAUACAGAAACACAAUGAAUGGUGUGCUUGCAUAUUUGUGAAUGCAGGGUAACUUGUUAGCUAUUGUAUGAUUAAA